AGUGCCUUUCCAUUCAUAUUGGUCAAGCUGGCAUCCAGAUUGGGGACGCUUGUUGGGAACUUUAUUGCCUGGAACAUGGAAUCCAGCCAGAUGGCAUCCUUCUUGACAGUAAACAGCAUCAGCCGGAAAAUGCUAACAUGGAGCAUAUGAGUACAUCUUUUAAUACCUUCUUUUGCGAGACAAGAGCUGGGAAUCAUGUGCCCAGAGCACUCUUCAUGGAUUUAGAACCAACUGUUAUAGAUGGCAUCCGUACUGGAAAGUACCGUUCACUCUUCCAUCCAGAGCAGCUGCUUAGUGGGAAGGAGGAUGCUGCGAACAACUACGCACGAGGUCGCUACUCUGUGGGCUCAGAGAUCAUCGAUCUUGUGCUAGAGAGGAUCCGGAAGCUGGCAAAGCAGUGCAGUGGACUCCAGGGGUUUUUGAUUUUCCGAAGCUUUGGAGGAGGCACUGGAUCAGGAUUUACAUCUCUCUUAAUGGAGCAGCUUUCAGCAGAAUAUAGCAGGAAGACUAAAUUGGAGUUUGCUGUCUAUCCAGCUCCCAGGAUCUCCACUGCUAUAGUAGAGCCCUACAAUUCCAUCCUCACUACCCAUUCUACCAUAGAGCACUUGGACUGUGCCUUUAUGGUGGACAAUGAAGCCCUCUAUGACAUCUGCCAUCACAAACUUGGUGUUGAACGCCCCUCUUAUGCCAACAUUAAUAGGUUGAUAGGUCAGGUGGUAUCUUCCAUUACUGCUUCUCUUCGGUUUGAAGGGCCCUUGAAUGUGGACCUAAUUGAAUUCCAGACUAACCUAGUCCCUUAUCCAAGAAUACACUUUCCCAUGACAACCUUUGCCCCCAUCAUCUCUGCCGAGAAAACCUACCAUGUGCAGCCCUCCGUGUCAGACAUCACUGCUGCUUGCUUUGAGCUCUCCAACCAGCUGGUCAAGUGUAACCCUCGGCUUGGGAAGUACAUGGCCUGCUGCCUGCUCUAUAGGGGGGAUGUGGUGCCUAAGGAUGUGAAUGCAGCAAUUGCAGCUGUAAAGUCGAGGAACUCUGUUCAGUUUGUAGAUUGGUGUCCAACUGGUUUCAAGGUGGGCGUCAACAAUCAUCCACCAGAGGUGAUACCAGGAGGGGACCUGGCCAAGCUCCGGAGGGCUGUCUGCAUGCUGAGCAACACCACGGCAAUUGUGGAGGCCUGGGCCCGCCUAGACCACAAGUUUGACCUCAUGUAUGCCAAGAGGGCCUUUCUGCACUGGUACAUUCAAGAAGGCAUGGAACAAGGAGAAUUCUCAGAGGCCAGGGAAGAUUUGGCAGCCCUGGAGAAGGAUUAUGAGGAAGUGGGGCAAAGUUCCUGAUGCAUGGAACUAUGGAUGAAUGGUGGAAAUGAAUGUUAAGUUCUAAUGCGUGCUUUCUCUUCAAGCCAUUAUACAUUUAGUAGAUAGUUUCUCCUUUUAGAAGAGUAUCUAAAAUCAGGCAAGACCCUAAGUUCCACACUAAAUUACGUGGGUCAUUAUUAACAAUGAUCACAUACUUCUUUGUCUAAUUCAGCUGUGAUCCCUGCGAGCCUGCUGAGGUUCAGAGUUCUUUGAAUAACUGGUUUAUUCUAGUUGGUGAUUUUUGUUUGUUUGUUUGCCUUUUGUCAGAAUGAAAACCUGGCUUUAUUCUUUCCUUAUAUUUUUUAACCAAGAGACUGUG